AUCUCCUAAUCCAGCCAUCAAAAUGGAAGAAAAUGCCAACACCAGCUUUGAAGAAGAUUUUGAAGGACAGGCAACACACACAGGGCCCAAAGGCGUGAUCAAUGACUGGAGGAAGUUUAAAUUAGAAAGCGAAGAUAGAGACUCCUUACCCUUGAGCAAGAAAGAAAUUCUUAGACAAAUGUCUUCACCACACAGAUCUUUCAGUAAAGAUAAAGACACCAGAGAGAGAUUCUGCCGUAAGAUGAGCAUGCAGGAGUACGAAUUAAUUCAUGAUGAGCAAGAGGAUGAAAGUUGCCUACAAAAAUACCGCAAACGCUGCAUGCAGGAUAUGCACCAGAGGCUGAGUUUUGGACCAAAAUACGGUUAUCUCUGUGAGCUGCAGAACGGGGAACAAUUCCUGGAAGCCAUCGAGAAAGAACGUAAAACUACCACAGUCAUCGUCCACAUUUACGAAGACGGCAUCAAGGGCUGCGAUGCUCUCAACAACAGCUUGACCUGCCUGGCGGCUGAGUACGCCACCGUGAAGUUCUGCAAGAUCAAGGCCUCCAACACGGGGGCUGGAGACCGCUUCUCAAACGAAGUGCUUCCCACUCUACUUGUCUAUAAGGGUGGGGAGCUUCUGAGCAAUUUCAUUAGCAUUUCUGAACAAUUUAAUGAGGAGUUUUUUGCCGUGGAUGUGGAGUCUUUCCUAAAUGAGUAUGGGCUGCUACCUGAAAGGGAGCUUCCAGCACUGGGAAAUGGCAACACAGAUGAGCAAGAUGUUGAAUAA